GCGAGGCUCGCUAGAGUUAAGAAAAGAGAAUGGAAUGUAAGGAAUUUUGUUUCUUAGUUGAAUCAAUAUCACUCAAUUAAUGCAUAAAAAGCGAAAGUACUCCCGAUUCACUACUGUCAUACUUUAAUUUAAAAGGUGUAUUAUGGCUAUACACCAUAGGAGGUACAGAAGGCGAUAAGAUUCCUGACUAGUGAAUUAUGUCCUCACUGUCCCUGCAUAAUGCUGCUAAUAAAAAGAAGAAAAUCGUCAACGUCAUCUUAUUAAAUGGAGAGGCCUAUCAAGUCACAGUGGAUGUCAAGUCCAAAUUUUUUGAUGUCUUCAACCAAAUUACCUCUUACCUAAAUCUUAGAGAAACAGAAUACUUUGGACUGGCUCAAAAGAAAGAUGAGGAAUAUUUUUUUGUUGCACUGGAUGAGAAAAUCCAUAGACAAGCUCCUAAGUCAUGGAAAUCAGGAAAUGGAGAGGGAUUGGAUGAACGUGGUCAGCCGAUAUUAACAGUUUAUUUCCGUGUUCAUUUCUAUGUUGAUCAGUUUGUAUUACUUAGGGAAAAGGUCACUAGACAUCUGUAUUAUCUCCAGUUAAAGGAAAAUCUGCUGAGUUACAAUCAUGUUUGUUCGGAAGGAAAGUGCUUUCAAAUGGUGUCUUAUGCACUACAGGCAGAUUUUGGCAAUUAUAAUUCAGACAAGCAUGGAGAGGGUUACUUUGAUCCAAGGGAAUACUUUCCUGCCUGGAUGGUAAAGAGAAGGGGCGAAAACUACAUUGUGAAUAAUACACCAGUCAUCCAUCAAGAUUUACAGAAUGUGACAAAGUCGGAGGCAGAGUUGCGAUUUAUUCGGGAAGCCUCCAUGUCACCUGCUGCACACAAUCUUCAUUUUUAUCGUCUUCGGAAACGGAAAACUGACAAAACUAGCAAUGCAUGGUUAGGUGUUUGUGCCAAAGGAAUUGAAUUAUAUGAGGAAAUUGAUGAUUCAUUCAAAAAUCUCAUUUCAACAUUUUUAUGGCCUGAUAUUGGAAAACUUCACUUUGAGAAAAAGAAGUUUGAGAUUCAGUCCGGGCCAGGAGGGAGGAAAUUUGCUUACUACACAGACUCGGAUAGCAAGUCCAAGUACCUGCUAUCUCUCUGUCGGACAACUCACAUGUUCCAGAUGGCCAUCCAACCCAAGCUGAUGGAGAUCAGACACUUAGAUGCAGAGGAUAAGAGGAGAUAUCGAGAGUCUUAUAUCUACUCAGACACUCAAGACCUUGUGACAAAUGGAGGGGCUUUCCGUGGGAACCUCUCUCCCUCUUCUAAAGGCACAACCACAAGGUUCUCUGUGGUCAGUGAUGCUAGUUCUAACACCACGUCAGGCAUUGCCAGUGACAAAAUGACCAUCAGUUUUGAAGAGAGUGAUGAUCACAACAAAGAAAUCAUCAUAGACUGCCCACCACAAGUGUCCAAUUUUAGAAUGUCUCCUCGUCAAGGGAGAUUGAAAACUGAUGGCGGCAUCAUCUCCACAUUGCCAAGUUAUGUUCCUUCACGAAGUAAGAAGACUAGCCCUAAGCUGGACUACAAGUCUGCUUCAGUAGGUCGAGGAAUAAAACGUGUAGAUCGCUCACCGUCACUUGGAAGACCCACCCUCCCACCGAGUACAUCACCCAUCAUCCGGCACAUCGAUAGAAUAUCACCCACCGCCACGCCUGUCAUUGGUGUUCAUAGGGCCGAUGUCAGUGCACACAGUGGACAUAGCACUCACAGUGUUCAGAGUUCUAGCACUAUGUUUAACAGUUCUGAGCAUAUGAACAAGUCUCCCAGUGGGAGUAGUCUUGGCUCCAUACAAGGAGGAAGACUGAGUUUGCCUUGCCCUCCUCAGUCAGUACCACCCACCUACAACAGUGCCAGGACAGUGCCUGUCUACGUCGCACACUCAACCACCUCUAGUUUUAGUCAUUCAGAUGCAAUUUCCUUUUCACAGCCUGUUAGUAGAAGCACAAGUCGUGCAGAUAGCUUUAACAAGAACUUUGGAAGAUAUCAACUUCAGGAGAAUGAACCCUUUGUUCCUCCAAUAUCAAAUCAGUUGCAGACUACUUUCCCUAGCACCCUGGCACCACCAUGUAGUGGAUGUGUCACCCCAAUGUUAGAUGCCUUGGCUGGAAAUCUUGUUUUAUCCAGCUAUCCUUCAGUUACUCAAGGGGUGAUGACAGAAGUGGCCAAUCCUGAGGUGACUGAGUCUUACAUUCCUAACAAUGAAAUGACCCUGCCAGAAAUGACAAAGGAGUAUCUGGCCCCACCACCAAUGUUCGCAGACCUAAGUCACAAUGAAUCCACUGACUCUGCACUGUCUGGAUCUAGUAAUUUGGAUCCCAAGUUAUCUGGAACUUCAGAGAGUGAAUCUGCAGACCAUGUAGAAUCCGAUCUUGAAGAGGUAAAACAAGAAAAUGAGCCAAAGAACGAAAACCCACCGACUCAAAUUUCAGUCAAUAAUCAAGAGGAAAUUCUUCAUCCAGAAUUAGAGGAAAUAAGAGGUCAGCCCAGUGCAUUUUCUUCAUUCUCCAUGAUAACAAAGCUUUGCAAUGACAAAUCAUUGAUGCAAACUCCAUAUCCAAAAGCAACAGGACCCAUGAUUGGUGCAUAUGAUAUGAGUUCAAUGAGGUCAACAGACUCAAGGAUUUCACAUCUAUCACAUGAGUUGGAUUCUCGGCGUUUGUCCUCGUGUUAUCCAGAAUCCUCUCAGGCUAUGGUAACCCCAGUCACCCCCACACGACCCUACAGCUGGCACAGUGAAAAUUUUGACCUUGACUCCCAGUUGACCUUGAUGAAUGGUAAUGUUGCUAUGAUGCCUGGUUACUUUGAUAACCAUAGUAGCAUGCCACAUGCCCUGGGUGGGAUCCUGGUGGCACCUUCUUCUACUCUAACAAAUUCAGUCAAUUUGGACUUUGGGAGACCCCUUAUGAUUGGUGAUAGAUACUCACCACAAUCAAUAGCAAGUCAUUUAAUGAUACCUUCUAAACUUUCAAGUGGUGGACAUAGUACAACGGACAGGAACAUUAGUCAGAAAGCUUUUAAGGAGACGUAUGGGAUAGCAUAAAUGCAGUAUUUGAUAAACUAUUCAAUUUUGUUAAAACAAAUCUUUUCACUUUAUUUAUAUCUGCAAGUGAAACUGUGAAUUUUUGAAACUGCUGAAAUCUUCUGAUUUACCUCCUUCUUCCAGACAGUAGAUCUGAAAUACACAUUUAAUGAUUGAACAAAAUAUUGAGAUUUUGAUUAUGUUUUUUAUUGUUAAAUGAAUUUACUGAGUACAGUUUGUUAAGUUCAGAGAGAGAUAAAAAAUAUUUACUGCCAAAAGAAUGUGUGUGUGUCAGAGUACUGAAGAGUAGAUAUUUUUGUUGAAGAUUAUUUUUUAUCAAAUAUUAUUUUUAUGUGCUGUGCACAAAAUGAUAUUGUUCUAACAUUAACACUGUUUCAAAUUUUGCACAUUUGUACCCAUAGUGUACUUCCAAAUAAUGAUCUUUACUUUGUACUUUGAAAAUUUUGGUAUUAUAAAAAACAGGACCAUAUAAAUACUGUUAUAUAAUAUUAUUAUGUCUUAAAAAUGCAUUCUAUGCAAUCUUAUUGGAUAAAAUUUUAUAUUACAGAUUUAUAUAUUUAUGUACUACCAUUUCUCUAUAUUCAAACAUAUUUCAUUUUUUUCUCUAAAUUUGCAAUAAAAAAUUGUUGUCAUAUGAUGUGGUAAAAAAAAGUUGUGAUAUGUAUAUCUCAGUAUACAAGGUUGUAAUAGGCUCAUUUUGUCUUCAAAGGCAAAAUUUCAUGAAGAUGUUAAAUAUCAUUUUUCCAGCUGAUAGUUUGAGCUUUAAUGAUAGAUAUAUAAAUCUAUAUAUUAUAUGUAUGUGUACAUGUAUUUGUAUUGGAAUUUUAACUUUUAAAAUGUUUUUGCAUCAAGUUUAUGCAUUUUACCAUGAUAUUAUUUUAGUUUUUUUCGGAUAAGCUUCAGAAAUGAAGUUUCUUUUCCCUUUUAUAUUGUAAUGAAGGAUUUCAGAGUUGCAUUGUAAACUAAUAGAAAUAUUCCAGAAAAUGCAGUGUAUUGCAAGUUCAUAUAUUCCGUAUCAAAGUUUGGAAAAAUAACUUAACAAAACAAUUCAUGCAGAUAAUACUAGUAUCUAUGAUUUUUUAUUUUUUAAAAAACACUAGACAUUAAGAAAUUUUCAAAACCGGAAAUUGAAUUACCAGUUUUCCUAUCUAUUCAAGAAAGUAAACUGCACAUAUUUAAUGAAAUGUAGAUUUAUUCUAGAAAUCCUGAGAUAUGUUGUCUUCUGAUCAUUAGCUUACAAUGCAGCUGUGAAUCCAGCGCGAAUCAUUCUGUGAUGUUAACAUUGUGAUAAAGGCUUCAUAGCCGGCAUUUCUUAAUCACGGUCAGUAUAACCCACUCUACAAUGCUUACAUGUUUGUCAAACAAACAUUUUCCAUAACUCAUUUAUCAACAAAAUCCUGGGUAAUAUCUAUUUAUAAAUGCUGUAAUGGGGGAGAAAAACUUGAUCCUGUCUAAUGAUACUGAAAUUGGGCCAGAUUUUCAGCGUUAAUGAAUGAAUAGUACUGUAAACCAACUAUUAUUCGCGUCAUCUUUUAUUCGCGUUUCCUCAGUUCAAUAUCAAUCCGCGACGAUUAAUUUCCGGGACUAAUAAAAAAUUCUGUACAAAUGCUUAACAAAAUGAAUGGUUCGUGACGAUUAAUAUUUGAUCGCGGAACUCGCAGAUAUUUCUCGCACGCCAAUAAAAGUUGGUUUACAGUAUCUCAUGAAGAAAUGAUGACCUGCGUGUGUUGAUGCGUAACUGAAUUGGUUAAAUAUAUAUAAAAUAUUAUUUAGAAAAAAAAUAUUUUAAAAACUAAUGUAAAAUGUGUAAUGAGAGCAUUUAUUAAUGAUUUCAAAUCCCAUUUUACAGGAUGAUUUCAUCAAUGUGAAUUAAUUAAACAUGUCAUUUUAAAUCAUAUAAAUUACAAUUUACACUUCAUCUUUAUGAAAAAUGACUUUUGUUGCAUAACUGUUGUACCCAGAAAGCAUUUAUGAUCAUUUAGUUUUAUAAUGAGGAUGUCUGGUUCCUAAGAAAUUGUAUUUCAAUGAAAGGAUUUUUGUUCCAACAUAAACUUUCAUUCUUUUGUAUUCUUGCUAGUAAAAAUAAUCCAUAUUUUUUUCUCUCCAUAAGCUAUGUUUAUCAGAAUUUUUUAACAUUAGCCUUUUGUGUCACAAGGAUGAAUUUACGAUUUAUUUUUGACCAUCCAGACACCUUCUUAUGACAUCUCUGCCACAAAAGAAAAAAAAACCCAUUAUACAAAUUGAUGUAUUUCUUUCUUUUUAUAUCUUUAAAGUCAGUACCUACUUAAUUUUCUUUUCAAACAUUGUUAGCAAGAGUACAUAUUGAUGUAAUGUAAUCUACAUUCUCAGCAUGUUUACGAAAGAAGCUUAUGGGCAUUUGAGGGCCAUUUCUUUAAUGAUAUGUUCUCUAACGAUAGACGAUUUCUCUGUAACCAUGGAAUGUUGUAGCUGAUUUCUUUUGCAGGUACAGAAAUGGUAUUGUUCAUCAUAUCAUUUGGUUAUUUGAUCAAAUACUGAUGGUAUUUUUCUGGUUUUUUUCCCUCAUGAUUGUGAAAACUUCUGUUAGAUUUAGACCUCACAUUUUGCCAACGGAAGACGGGUUUUAAAAAAGUUAGUAGAUCUAUGCAAUAUUCAUUAAUGUUGGACAUUUUAGCCACAUCAAAUUAGAUUUUUUUGUUAAUGUGUAAACAUAUCUGUAAACUUAUCUUUACAAUUAAAUCAUGUUUUACAGAUCCAAACUUUAAACAAUGCUGACAGGAAUGUGUUGUCAUACAUACCUAUAUGUAAUGUCUAAAUCAUGAGUCUUAAAUAAAAAGUUGUGACUAUGAAAUAUAUGCAUAUAAGAUAUCAAA